AUGCGGAUCUUUGGCGUUCUGUGUCUCGUCCUCCUCGUCUGUUGGAACGUACGUUCGUGUUCUGCCAGGACUGCUCUUCCGAAGCUAGAAACGACGCGAAAGUUCUUCAUUUUCGGAGAUUCUUAUGCGGAUACUGGAAACACGCAGAACACUACGGCCUUUCGAUUUCCUUAUGGGAUUACGUUUCCAGGCAAACCAUCCGGGCGCUUCUCCGAUGGGUUCGUCCAGACGGAUGUCAUAGCGUCGAGGGUUUUACACGUCGCCUCCCCACCAGCUUACGCCACCCUUUUGGCUAACACGUCGACGUCGAUUUCUAGCGGCAUGAACUACGCCGUCGGAGGGAGUGGAGUCACGUACGCCUUUGGACUGCCGACUUUGCAGACGCAGGUGCAAUGGUUUUCUCAGAUGGUAAAGGCAGGAGCCUUCACGCCAGCCGAUCUGAAGAAAGCAGUAUUCCUCGUGUCCGUCAAUGGAAAUGACUACGGCGCUUACAAUGGCACGCUCGAGAAUUACUACCUAUUGGUACCCGAGGUAGUGGAUCUGAUCGACCUCGGUAUGCGAGAGCUUUACAGUCUCGGUGCCAGAAAUUUCAUGGUGUCCUCGUUAGCGCCACUCGACUGUCUGCCCUCAGCCUCACGCCCGUCAGGAUUCAAGGCUUGCGGGAAGAACAGCACCAUCGAGUCGGUCCUCUCAAGUCAUAACUUUCUUCUCGGACGGAAACUGGUAAAAUUUAUCAAACACCAGAAGGGGUCAAAUGUCGUCUACUUGCAGCAAACUAAAGCCAUCAGACACAUUCAGAAAAACCUGCCUGAGUUCAAUCUCACCGAAGCGUUCAAGCCUUGCUGCAAUGGCUUGUGCGCCGAAGUGGACGCAGGCGGUAGCCCACUGUACGAGCUGUGUCAGAAUCCAGGCCUUCACAUGUUCUGGGAUAACGUUCAUCCAUCGCAAGCAGGCUGGAACGCUGUCGUCGAUCUCUAUCAACACGGGUUCACUAGAUUCUCUCCGUCUCUUAAUGCUUGGAUCGACGGUCUCUGCAAAUGA